UUGUGCUUGAUGGUGGCUAUCCACAGAGUGUUCUUCAAGAGAUGACAGAAGAAGAAGAGCAGGAGGACUUUGGAAUGCAUAACUUUUGUUUGCCAAUUAGAAAGCAGAGAGGGGUAAACUUACUAGAAGCAGAAGUAGAGUACAAUUCCCAUCUUGGGAUCAUUCCGUUCUAUGAACUAGGAACAACAUUCAAAAGGUUAUCAAAUAAGGAGAUUGUUCGAGUAAAGAAUAAGAAU